UGACUUCGACAUCUAUCAAAUUCCUCGUUCCUCAGAUUCCUUUCAAAACCCACAAAGACUUUCUCUCUUUCGCAAGCAAGCACCACAACGAAACGAUGGCAGCCAAAGGAGAGAAGAAGCCCGCCGAGAAGAAACCCGCCGCCGAGAAAUCUCCGGCGGAGAAGAAGCCCAAGGCCGGGAAGAAGCUGCCGAAGGAGGCCGGCGCCGCCGCCGGAGACAAGAAGAAGAAGCGCAACAAGAAGAGCGUGGAGACCUACAAGAUCUACAUCUUCAAGGUUCUGAAGCAGGUGCACCCCGACAUCGGGAUCUCGAGCAAGGCCAUGGGCAUCAUGAACAGCUUCAUCAACGACAUCUUCGAGAAAUUGGCGCAGGAGUCGUCGCGCCUCGCCCGCUACAAUAAGAAGCCGACAAUCACCUCUAGGGAGAUCCAGACCGCCGUGAGGCUGGUGCUGCCCGGGGAGCUGGCGAAGCACGCCGUGUCGGAGGGGACCAAGGCGGUGACGAAAUUCACGAGGGAUAAAAAGCCAGCGGAGAAGAAGCCUGCGGCGGAGAAGUCGCCGGCGGCCGAGAAAGCACCUGCGGAGAAGAAGCCGAAGGCCGGGAAGAAGCUGCCGAAGGAGGGCGGCGCCGCCGACAAGAAGAAGAGGCGCGCGAAGAGCAUCGAGACCUACAAGAUCUACAUCUUCAAGGUGCUGAAGCAGGUGCACCCCGACAUCGGGAUCUCGAGCAAGGCCAUGGGGAUCAUGAACAGCUUCAUCAACGACAUCUUCGAGAAGCUUGCGCAGGAGGCGGCGCGGCUCGCUCGCUACAACAAGAAGCCGACCAUCACCUCUCGGGAGAUCCAGACAGCCGUGAGAUUGGUGCUUCCCGGAGAAUUGGCGAAGCACGCCGUGUCGGAGGGGACCAAGGCGGUGACGAAGUUUACGAGCUCUUGAAUUAGUGCGUUUUUUUUUGCUGUUUGGAAUGGAAUUAGGGUUUAUGAUGGUAGCUAUAUCCCCCUUUUUGAUGUCUGUAAAAAAUUGGUGUUACUUGCGUUAUGAAUGAAAAUCCUAUGUUUUUAA